GACAUGGAUGUAUGGGCAAGCUCUCUCAGAACCAUUGCUGCCCAGCACAGACCAACGUCACCAGAGGCAGCCGAAGCAGCAUAGACAACCAUGGUCAUAGCAUCAGUAGCACGAGAAGCAGCAGUAGCACCAGCAAAAGCAAAGGCAGCAGAAGCAGUAGCCGAGGCAGCAGCAGCAGCAGCCGAGGGAGCAGCAAAGGGAGCAGCGGGAGAGAAAACACAACCAGCACCCCCACAACCGACCUCUGAACCCUGAGUCGAGAUCGGUGC